AUGUCCUCGAAGCCACGAUUGGCUGCCGCAUGCAGUGCCGUGCCAUGCCAUCCACCCUGGUCAUCUGGAUCCGCUCCCCACUCGAGCAGAUGCCUGACGAUAGACUCGGAACCAAUAGAUGCCGCUGUACACAAAGCAAUGCCACGCCGUUCGCCCAGGGAUUCGAAAUAG